AUGAACGCGACAGCAGCGCAGCCGCCUCCCGUCAUGGACCCAAACGGUGGUCCACCGAACGGGAGAUACGAAUACCUCUUACAACAAGUUGUCCAGCUAAACACGGACUUGCACAAGACCGUUGCAUUGAGCCAGUCCCUGAAAGCCGAGCGCGACUCGCUGCAAGAACUUACCAACCGGCUAAAGCAAGACGUGAUGCGGUGUGAAGAAAGGUGCGAAAAGAUGCAGGAAGUACUGAUGACCGAGACCGAAUUCAAGGUCCAGUCAGACCGCAAGCACGAAGCUUUGAUGCACAAGUGGAAGCAACAGCUCGAGAUUAAAGCUCGGGAGUUUGAAGUAUUGCAAAAAAACUUAGCGCCUCCAAAAGAUCUGGACCAGUUGAGGCUAGCCAUCCAGGAGGAAGUCGAACUGCCGCACCGCCAGCGGACUCAAGCUCUUCAACUCGAGAUUGAAAAGUUCCGAGAGAUGUACUACACGACCCGGCGGGAGUUUGAAAUUCUCAAGACGGAGCACGAACAGACCCUUGUCAAUCAUGGCAACGAAAUUGAAAGCACCCUCGCUACGCAUGCUGUUCUGAUGAACGACUUGAAGCGGCAAGUGGACGCCGCGGAAGAGCGAGCUGACGACAUACACCUGACGGAAAAAGUGCGGCGCAUGGAGCUUGAUAAGGAAGCUCUGGUGUUGGAGAACCUUAAGUUGCGCCAGGAACUCGAGCAUGUCCGACAAGCCAAGUUGGAUUUGUUUCAACGACAGGAAGCAGACGCGACCAAACAUGCCCAGCAAUUGACUGAAGCGCUCGGAAAAAUCACCAACCUGGAUCUCGAACUCAAUGCGACAACUCGACAGCUCGGGCGGUUUAAAGACGACUGCGAGCGACUGCAAGGUGCCGUGGACGAAAAGGACAGAAAAUUGCGGGACGCACUGGACGACAGCAUGAAAUUGCGCGAGCAAGUCAAGCAAAAGGAUUUGCUGCUUGUGGACAACCACAGUCUCCACAACACCAAACUGCGUGAGCUGCGGGCCGAGCUGGAUGCGGACAAGACUCAGUUCAAAGAGAGACAGCUGGAAUGGAUGGAACAAAUCGCAACUCUCCAGCUCAGCCUGCAGCAGUCGGAAGCCACGUUUCAAAAACGAGAAAAGGAGUGGCAAAUGGAGCAUGCCAAGCAACUGGCACUGCACUCCCACGACGAAACCCACACGCAACACACCACGUCCGCUCUCGAAACGAAGCUGGCACAAAAGGUCACCGAGCUCGCCGCCCUUGAAGAAGCACAUGAUGAGCGAAUCCAGCGAGCCACCCACGCAUUGGAGCAAGAACAGCUCAAAACUCACCGGUUGCAAGGGGAGAAGGAUUCCCUGACGGCAAAACUCGCGACCACACAAGAAUUGGUGACCAAGUUAAAGGCGGAAACGUUGUCAUGGCGCACACAGCACAAAGAAAUGGAGCAGGAAUAUCGUAUUUUACAGGCAAAGCAUCGCGAUGCCAUACAAGCCCAAGAAGACGUGCAAAGCCAGCUUGACCAAGAAAAAGCUAAGAUCCAGUAUCUCGAAGAGGACCUCGUCAAGCUCACAGAGCAGCGCGCAUCGGACAAAGAAGUUUUUGAUAAGGCUCAAGCGCGGCUUCAAGCCCACGUGGAUGAGACUUUGGCAGCAUCGUUUACCGCGCGGCGUACUAUGACAGAAGAUCACAAAAAAGCCCUCGACAAGGUGACGAAAGCUCUUUCCAAGGCCGAGCACAAGCGCGACGCAUACAAACAAAAGUGCUUGCAAGUUCACGACCGGUACAAAGCUGCAAUCGCGGCGAAAGACGCUGUCAAGAUUCAGUUGCACCAACUCCAGGAGCAACAUCACCUGGAGGUUCAGCAAUUUCUUGCCCAGUGGACCCACUCCGAAGAGUCUCGAACAACGUCGGCGCUACUGCCUGGCAAACAACCCGUGGAUACCAAACUCGAUUCGUUCUUGGCCGAAGUCGACCAGUACAACCAAACACGAAGUCCUCGAUUGAGCUAGCACCUAAAUCAAUACGACGCAGUGUCUAUAUUGCUCGUA